GAUAUGUUGUCAUUGCUCGAGAACUCGCGCUUUAGCUCAACGGUAUCGACAAGAAAUGGAUCUGUUUAGCUUUACCUGUACAGCCUUUAACAGUCCGGUCCUUACGACAGCCGUUGUUCGGUCGCUAUCGGCGGGAUCGAUGGAAUUGUAUUUUCCCGACUAUCCUAAUCUUACUGGAAAAGCCACUGAAAUUCGAUUUUCCUCUUUGAAUCCUAAGCAUAUUUCUACAUAUGAGAAUGGCAGCGUAACGGUUACGUGGUCUAUUAAAGUUGUUCAGCAUCCUUUACUAACAGAAAAGAAACAAUACAGAAACAAACUUCCGCACGACGACUACUACAGUAUACCGAUUUGUGAAUGGAAGCAGUUACUUCUUCUUGCCUUGUCAGAGAGUAGUAAACCGGAUGAUCUGAUUCGCCGUAUCCGGCACAUCGAAAACAGCGUCCACAUUCCUAGUCUCCGAUUCGCCGCUAAAGACGACACGUAUUCUACAACCAAGAAAGAAGACUUGUUCUAUUCUACACCCACUAGUUACGAUGAAGUCUCCGAUACCUCCGAUUUAAUAUCACAGAAAUAUAAGGCCGGUAGUCUCUUUUCGGUGCAACUUAGCGCGCGUGCUCGUCGCGGGUUGCUGAGACCAGUUAUUCAACUUCUACUCUUGCCUGGUAGCGUACCGUCGGGCGUUUGUGUAGAGCACAACAGCAAACCAGCUGAUUGCUUCGUCGAGAGUCUUCGUCACGGUCACAAUGCUUCAAGAGACCGUUAUCACGAUAUUAUAGACUAUGCCAAUUCGUGGUUACCUGUUGUGGACCACGAAUCUGCAACAUCCUGUGUCAAGGACUCUUCAGACUACGUGUUAGUAAGUGGUACAUCUGUACGUUGGACGAGAACUUCAGAAAAGGUCAGCUCUAUCGGAUACAUUACAUUGACAUCUUCGUUUUCGAGGCAAUACAGUUUGGGAUGUAGGGAAGGUGACUUUCUUUGCUUGAGUUAUAGCAACUUAGUCGCUCAGAAAGCCCGCUUCUGCAUUGAAGGUGAUAAAGUGGAUAGCUUGUUAAAGGGCAGCUCUUCUAAAGAAGUCGUACACACAGACACUGAUCAAUGCGUUGUACACUGUAGAGUCGUGGACAGCAAGGUGGAAGACAAGCCUGAAAUUGAGGGUGCGCCGUGUCGGCAGUUUUUGAAAGUAAAGAUUUCUGGCGAACGACAGGCUCUUCCAGAAAUGCUGUUUAAUAGCAAAGUACCGGUUCUGUGCACCGCUCAAUUCAUUUCACAAUGUUUACCAUUUAUGAGAAUGAGACAAGCGUUACAAGUCAUUUGUUCAGAUGACUACAGCAAUGAUGUUGUCAAGAGUCUGUGCUCGAGUGACUUUUCUAAAGUUUCAUGUAACUGCCGUUACCGUGGAAGUACAUCAGAGAGUGACAGAAUGGCUGUGUCUGAAGGAUUGUCGUUGUCACGUCAACCGCUGAAUAAGAGUCAGUUUAUUGCAGUGAAACUUGCCAUGAAACAAGACAUUACUCUAAUACAAGGACCACCAGGCACUGGCAAAACAGUGACUGGAGCUCACAUAGCUGUCCAAUUUCUACGCCAACGCGGCAGCAGCAGUCGUAUGGGCAGUGACGAAAAGGUUCGAGUGUUGUAUUGUUGUCCGUCCAAUCAGACAGUAGACGACAUUACGGAUCGUCUCAAGAACGGUUCUAGAUCAACUAAGAUAUUACGAGUUUAUGGAGAAGGCAUUGAAAAGAAACGUUUCCCCGGAAUCUCGAUCUUUGAAAAGUUUGCUUCCUCAUCAAACAAGCAGCUGACAGUAGACACCAGACGACACGAAGACGUUGCUUUGCAUUCCAGAAUUCGCAACAAAGCAACGUCAUCUUACGGACAGUUGAUCAUGAGACAUGAAAAUGAGUUUAGACAACUGAAGAUGAAAGAGGAGAUGCCGACCGAAAACCAGGUUAGUCACUAUAAAGACAUCGUUUCAGCUGCUGAACAAGAGCAGAUUGAUAGGGCAGACGUACUUCUCUGUACUUGCAUUCAGGCAGGCAGUCCGAGAAUGACAAAGCACUGUGUCACUUUAUGUAUCGUCGACGAGGCAGGCCAAAGUUUUGAACCUGAAACUCUGGUGGCUAUUUCUCGAGCCAGAAAGAUCGUACUGAUAGGAGAUCAUAAACAGUUGCAACCUGUUGUGCUGAACAGAGAUAUAGGAAGUCAACUGUCUCGUUCCAUGUUCGAACGUAUAGCUGAAAGUGCACCAGUAAAGGAAGAAAAGCGAGUUCACAUGCUGAACGUUCAAUACCGGAUGCACUACGACAUCUGUGAAUUUCCAUCCAUACACUUUUACGAAGGAAAACUUGAGACGGCUCCGGAACUAAGAGGUCGUCCUCUAAAGGGCGUCGACUUCUGGAAUCGCUUAUACCCUUGUUCAAAGGUCGGUCGUAAGAAACAAAGACGAAAAUGUUUUAUUCACGUCGAGGGCGAAGAACGAACAAAUCGUGUGUCCGGAGAAGGAACGGGAGGUGAAGAAUCGAAGUACAACCUGAUGGAAGCUGGCGUGGUGGUAGAUAUCGUGAAAAGAAUGACAAGACACAAAUGCAGAGCGUCAGACAUCCGUGUCAUAACACCAUACACAGCUCAGAGGGCUUACACUGAAAAUCUCUUAAGGCGGUCAGCACAAACCCAAGGCAUCGAGGUAUCAUCUGUCUUUGGCAGUCAAGGCAGUGAAUCCGAGUUUAUCAUUUUGUCAACAGUCCGUUCUUUACCAAACCAAGAUCUAGUCGACUGUUGUUCUAAGAAAUGGAUGAGGGAACAUUUCGGAUUUAUUGCGGACGAGCAUCAAAUGAACGUUGCUCUUACAAGAGCAAAGCAAGGAUUGAUUAUAGUUGGCAAUGGCUGUUUGCUCCAAUUGCAUACGAUGUGGAGAAAACUUAUUGACCAUUACAAAACCGAAGACUGCUACAUGGAAAACUGGAAACAGACUUUCUUACGGCUGUGACCUGAGUGUCCACAUAUGGUAAUCAAUAUUGUACUGCAGGUUACGACUUUUGGUGACGUACGGUUAUGCCUAAGUAUUUGAACGCUAAACAGUAUGAACUAAAACGUGAUUUACUUAUUUCCUUAGACGUAUUUUAGUGUGCGGAAUUUGUGUUAGGCUAUGAGAGUAAUGAAGUGUUUCAACUGGAUGCUGUUUGUUGGAGU